GCCGCUACGCCUCCUCCUCUGCUCUCUCUCCCCCCUCUCCUUCUUCCCUGCAUUCACACUGCUCUGCCUCUGCUGUGCUGCUUCGUGUUCGUGGCUAUCCCCUCCUCACACCAGAGAGAUCAGAUCCCCUUGUCGCCAUGGCGGCGGCCGACUCCCCCGUCGCCAUGCGCGAGCAGCUCACGGCGGUGCUAGCAUCCUCUACCUAGGCCACGGACGGUCUCCUCCCUCCUGUCCCGGCGUCGCCACUCACUGCUUGCCCGCAGCUCACCAGCCUGGGCGGGGCAUUGCGCCACCAGCCCACCACACCAACACACCCCCUCCCUUCCGCAGCAGCCAUGGCCAAGCCACCGCCGCACACCUCCAGCUCUACCUCCGCCUCCGACCUCCCACUACCGCUACCCACCACCACCACCACCGGGGGGCUCGGCCUCCUGGGUUCCCUCACCACCUCCGCUUACUCCCUCCUCGCCGCGGCGCGCCGCUCCCCGGUCACCACGCUGGUGGCGGCCUUCUUCCUGCUCGCGCUCUUCAUGUACGGCGAGGACGUGCGCACCAUCGCCGAGCUCUCCAUCGACGACUACCUCUACCCGGACGCCGACUUCUACAACGUCUCGGGCCUCCCGCCGCUGGCCCUACCGCCGCCCGCCUGCGACCUCUCCCGCGGACGCUGGGUCUUCGACAACGUCUCCCUCCCGGCGUACCGCGAGAAGGACUGCACCUUCCUCACCAAGCAGGUCACUUGCCUCGCCAACGGCCGCCCCGACCAUCUGUGGCAGUACUGGAAAUGGCAGCCCGACGAUUGCUCCCUCCCCACGUUCGACGCUCGGAGGUUCAUGGAGGCGAUGCGCGGGAAGCGACUGAUGUUCGUCGGGGACUCGCUGAACCGCAACCAGUGGGAGUCGCUGGUGUGCCUGGUGCAGCCCAUUCUGUCCAAGGGGAGGAAGAAGGUCGUCAAGCGGGGCUCGCUCACCGUCUUCCACGCAAAGGAGUACCGCGCCACGCUCGAGUUCUACUGGGCGCCCUUCCUCGUCGAGUCCAACUCCGAUAACCCCAAGAUCCACAGCAUCGAGCACCGGAUCAUCAGGCCCGAGAGGAUAGAGGGGCACGCCAGGUACUGGAGGGGCGUCGACUACCUCAUCUUCAACACCUACAUCUGGUGGAUGAACACGGCCGACAUGAAAGUCAGGAGACCAAAUUCGAGGUAUUGGUCUGAGCAUGACGAGGUUCCCAGGAUUGAGGCGUAUGGCCGGGUGUUCAAGACGUGGUCUGAUUGGCUCAAUGACAACAUUGAUCCUGCCCGCACGUCUGUCUUCUUCAUGACAAUUUCUCCACUUCACAUCAGCCCACAUAACUGGGGAAACCCGGACGGGAUCAGAUGCGUAAAGGAGACGCUUCCGUAUCAGAACUACAGCCAGCCCCUAGACCUGUACCAUGACAUGCGGAUGUAUGACCUGGUGGUAAAGGUGGCCAGCUCCAUGGAGAAGGUUCCAGUGACAGUGAUCAACAUCACGAAGAUGUCAGAUUACCGGAAGGAUGCCCACACGUCACUGUACUCCAUCCGGCAAGGGAAGCUGCUGACGCCGAAGCAGAAGGCGGACCCAGAGAAGUUCGCGGACUGCAUCCACUGGUGCCUUCCCGGCGUGCCGGACGUGUGGAACCAAAUUCUCUACACAAAGAUCCUUUCCAAACCAUCUUGGCAGUCUAAUCUUAGCCCCCCUCCAUCCCAGUCUCUGCCUCUUCCUCCCCAGUGAGAAUCACAAGCAGGGAGCUUGGAGUUUUUUUUUACCACAACCUAGGAAAAUGUAUGAUGUAUGAUUAGUCAUUAUUUUUCUCUUCCUUUUAGGGUAGAUCGAGUAAAGGUUAGAGCAAAAGGGAAGUGGAUGGGGGGUUUACUAAUGGCAUGUAAGAUCUUUGAUGAGGUGUAAAUAAGUGGGCAUGUAAGAUCUUUGAAGUGUAAAUGAGCUGUGAGUUUGCCAAUUGAGCAAACGGUAGCUUUUAAACAGUUGCGCUAUGCAUAUAUAUACUAGUACUAGUUUCCAGACAGAA